UCAAAGCAAACAGAGCGGCGCCGCGAACACUGUGGUUUGUUUACUGCACCGUUUGUGCAGGAAAAUUGUUGAAAAACGCUACUUUUGCUGUGAAAAAACGGCAUUUCAUUUGUGAAAUAGUUAAAGCACAAAACAUUCCACAUCGCCACUACCAUGGACCGGCACGAUCAGACGUUGAUGGACAAAUCGAUGCGGUCGGUGUUUGUCGGAAACAUCCCGUACGAAGCAACGGAAGAGAAACUGAAGGAUAUUUUCUGUGAAGUUGGACCCGUUCUAUCGCUAAAAUUGGUAUUCGACCGAGAGAGUGGCAAACCGAAAGGGUACGGAUUCUGCGAAUACAAAGACCAGGAAACGGCCCUCAGCGCCAUGCGCAACCUGAACGGCUACGAGUUCGGUGGACGUGCUCUGCGCGUCGACAACGCCUGUACGGAAAAGUCCCGCAUGGAGAUGGCCGCCCUGCUGCAAGGCCCCCAGGUAGAGAACCCGUACGGCGCCGAGUGCGAUCCGGAAGAAACUCCCGACCUGAUUGCGAAAGCCGUUACCGGCCUGCAGCCGGACCAGAUGUACGAGCUGAUGCGCCAAGCGAAAGCGUGCAUACAGAACGAUCCGCUCGAGGCGCGCAACAUGCUGCUCGAGAAUCCGCAGCUCACGUACGCCCUGCUCCAGUCGGCGGUUGUGAUGCGGAUUGUCGAUUCGCACACCGCCCUGUCCUUCCUGCACGGGCGUAACACGAUGCCACCGGUGCUGACGGACGAUCCACUGAGUGCGGUGCCGACGGUGCGGGAACAGAUACAUCCCGCGUUCGACGGUCCGGACGGUGGCGGACACGAACCGAGACAGUUUCAUCACGACAGUGACGAGCGGCAUCUACUGCGCGACCGUAUGGCACAAGCGGCGGCGGCACCGCCCGUCCCAAUGGACAUGGAUAUGCGUAUGAUGGAUCCGUUUAUGGCGGGCCAUCAGCCCGGCAAUAUCCUACCGGAACCGGUUGCAUUCCCACCGGCCGGUGUCGAGAUACGGCCCCGUCCCGUUGAUCCACGUCUGCACAAAGAUCCAAGGUUGGAGGCUGCGGGCGCACCGUCCGGUCCGAUGGGUGGCAGCAAAGCACAAAUGGCGACCGCCUCAAGCGCACUGGCAGACCAUGCGGCCAAGGCAGCGGCGGCCGAGCCGAAAUCCAAAGCGGGAGCAUCGAACGAUGCCUCGGACCAGGAGAAGGCGGCACUGAUCAUGCAGGUGCUGCAGCUUUCCGACGAGCAGAUUGCACUACUGCCGCAGGAUCAGCGUGCCAGCAUUCUGGUGCUAAAGGAACAGAUUUCACGCAAUGCACCGAAAUAAGCGAGAGGGGAGUAGUAAUAUUAAAAUAAAACUGUUUAAGUGUAUGAAGAA